AUGGCUUUGCUGGCGAGAAACAUCUGCAAGGCGCUCUCCCAGGCUGCUCAUAAGAGCACAGUUAGGGCGCUGCAUGUAGGAACAAUUAGGCAGCAAGAAUCGACAGUCGAACAAGAAGGAAAAUUGAAAUGUACCUUGAUACCGGGAGACGGCGUUGGACCAGAGCUCGUGGUUGCUGUUCAAAGUGUUUUCAAAGCUGCGGAUGUCCCGGUUGAAUUCGAACCUUACUUCUUGUCUGAAGUGAAUCCAACCCUGAGCGCACCUCUGGAGCAAGUCUCCAACAGUAUCGCUAGAAACCGAGUUUGUCUAAAGGGGAUUCUAGCAACUCCGGAUCACUCGAUGACAGGAGAGUUGCAGACCUUGAAUAUGAAAUUACGUAAGAGCCUGGACCUGUAUUCGAAUGUGGUGCACGUGAAAUCCUUGCCGGGCGUCAGAUCGCGUCACCAGAAUGUGGACUGCGUCAUCAUCAGGGAACAAACGGAGGGGGAGUACUCCGCGCUCGAGCACGAAUCUGUCAAAGGGGUGGUCGAGUGCUUGAAGAUCGUGACUGCCACUAAGAGCCAAAGAAUUGCGAAAUUCGCUUUUGACUACGCCGUAAAGAAUAACCGCAAGAAAGUCACGUGUGUUCACAAAGCUAACAUAAUGAAGCUCGGCGAUGGACUUUUUCUCAGAUCGUGUCAAGAAAUUGCCAAAAUGUACCCAAGGAUUACGUUCGAGACGAUGAUCGUCGACAAUUGCACUAUGCAGAUGGUCUCCAAUCCUCAUCAGUUCGAUGUCAUGGUAAUGCCGAAUUUGUACGGAAAUAUUGUGGAUAAUCUCGCGUCCGGUCUGGUCGGCGGUGCCGGAGUCGUCGCAGGUGCCAGUUACAGCGCCGAGUGUGUCGUCUUUGAACCGGGUGCGAGGCACACGUAUUCCGAGGCGGUCGGCAAGAACGUCGCGAAUCCGACGGCGAUGUUGCUGUGCGCGGUGAAGCUCCUGAACCACGUGAAUCUCAAACGUUACGCCGAGCAGAUUCGGGAAGCGUUGAACCGCGUGUUGAACGACGGGAAGGUGCUCACGAAGGAUCUAGGCGGGCAAAGCUCGACGUCGGACUUCGUCGCCGCUGUGAUAAACAGCCUGCGUUAACGAAAAAAAACUUGUGUGUAACAUAGAAGGACGUAGAUCUUGCGUCGCGAGCUCAUUUUUAUCUGGACUGUGCGAAACGUAGUGCCGCACUCGUCAUAGAGUAUAUAUAUUUAACUCACCUACGCGUCAUAAAAUUUGUAAAGCUGUAUCAUUUUAGAAAACUAUAAAUAUGCAAAUUUGUAUUUGCAACAGUAACUUCCCGUAUGUUCUGCGAACAAGGGGAAAUCCAAAGUAUUUUGCAAUCGCUAAGUCGCAAAAAUUCAAUUGCGACGUGCGGACUGCAUAAUUAGCUGUAUAAUAGAUCAAAAUAGGCAAAAUUGUAUCAUAUCUGUGUAUAAUAAAUUACGCUACCUUGUAUGUACAUCCUAUUGAAA